AUGAAGAUUGUGGCUGCACUCUUGGUCGUUUCCUUGGGCUUUCUGGCUUUGGCUGAGGCCGAUUCAAGUUUGGAGAGGUGUCCUCGGGUUUGCACAAGGGAGUAUAGUCCGGUGUGCGCCGAAUGGCGUAGGGGCAGAGUACGUCCCAUAGUCAGUCGGUGCACUUUCUCCACUAAAUGCGUUCUAGGUAACCAAAUAUGCAAAACGAAUCGAAAUUGGAUUACCGUCGACGAGAGACGUAAGUGCAGGAAUGAAACUCCGGAUUGCGAUGAGCUGCGAAAAGCGUCCCAGUAA